AGGUCCCACCUGUUGUAAAUGAUGGAGAUGCAGCAUAGGACAUAGAGAUGAAGAGCAUCCUAGGUGUCCGUUGUCCAACACAUCAACGGUUGAAUUUCUGCACUUUUUGCGAAUUUGCAGUUGCAGUUGGGUUGUUUGGCCCAAGCAUCAAUGUUAAUCAUCAUCAAACACCCAACAAAGCACAUAUUUUCUCAAAUGAAAAUGCCGCCACCUGCGCCGAUAAUUUCUAUGUAACGCCCGUUGGGAUAUGGAAAUGGCAUACGAUUAUGCAGCUAAUGAGCACUGAUAAGCUUUACAGAUUGUAAAAUGGAGAGUAGUGGGUCCCAAAAUUGAGAACAUAUGAACUUGACAGCUUGUUUUUCUCCUUAAUCCAACCCCACUCCUCUGCAUAACCCCCAUCAAGCUCUUCUACAUCUCUCCCAUCUCUUUAAAAACUGCCAUCUCUCCACUCUCAAACAACAAAUUUACUCUCUCCCUCUCUCGAUCGUUUCCAUUUCAGCAUCUUAACUUUUUCUUUUUAUUUUACAUUCCAGUUGAAAUCAAGAAUCAACAUUAGCUAUGGCUGACGAAGUUGAGAAGACAGCCCAGGAUGGAGUGCCGCAAGCAGACGAGGUGGUUGUUGUUCCUGACAUGCCAGAAGCUGAGAAACCUCCAGCGGCUGCAGCAGUAGCGAAAAAGCCACCUCUGGUACCUGAAAGCGAUGAAGAACCAGUAAAACCAAACCAGAUUGAGGAGGCUUUAGAGACUGAGAUAUCAAAACCAAAUGGUGAUGAUCAGGAAAAUGUUCCUCAGUCGGGUUCUUUCAAGGAAGAGAGCAGCAGGAUUGCUGAUCUUUUUGAGAAUGAAAAAAAAGCUCUCGGAGAACUUAAGCAACUUGUUCAAGAAGCGCUUAACAAACAUGAGUUUGGCGAGAUAGCAAAGCCACAACAACCAGAAGCAGAUAAACAGGACGAGAAAAAAGAGGUCGUGGUGACCGAGGACGAGAAUGAACCAGCCGAAAUAGAGCCAAAGGAUGACGUGGUUACUGAUGAACCGAAACUAGAAACAGAAGAAGAAACAGAAACUGUAGCCGAAACAAAGGAUGAACCUGCGAAGGAAGAAAACAUUAAUCUGGUUGAAACGAAGCUUAUUGAAAAAAAGGCUGCUGCUACUGCUGGCUCCGACACUGUGGAAGACGAUGGUGCCAAGACCGUAGAAGCCAUUGAAGAGACUAUUGUUUCAGUCUCUUCUUCAGUUCAACCAGAGCAAUUACCAGCAGCUAAAAAGCCUGCAGAUGCAAAGGCUGAUGUGGUAUCGGAAGACGAAGGAAAAGAUGCUAAAACAGAGGACAAAGUACCCCCAGAGGAGAUAUCCAUAUGGGGCAUACCACUUCUAGCAGAUGAAAGAAGCGAUGUUAUUCUCCUCAAAUUUCUAAGAGCCAGAGAUUUCAAGGUGAAAGAUGCAUUUAUAAUGCUUAGAAACACGAUUCGUUGGAGAAAGGAGUUCGGCAUUGAUGAAUUGGUGGAACAAGAUUUGGGUGAUGAUUUGGAGAAGGUGGUAUUUAUGCAUGGUUUUGAUAAGGAAGGACAUCCAGUGUGCUAUAAUGUGUAUGGGGAAUUCCAGAACAAGGAGCUUUACCUGAAAACAUUUUCGGAUGAAGAAAAGAGGCAAAAUUUUUUGAGGUGGAGAAUCCAAUUCCUGGAAAAGAGUAUUAGAAAACUGGAUUUCAGCCCCGGUGGCAUAUGUACUAUUUUUCAGGUCAAUGACUUGAAGAAUUCCCCUGGACCUGCAAAAUGGGAGCUUAGACAAGCUACCAAACAGGCUCUUCAAUUGCUCCAGGACAACUAUCCAGAAUUUGUUGCCAGACAGGUGUUCAUCAACGUACCAUGGUGGUACCUUGCAGUCAAUAAGAUGAUAAGUCCAUUUUUGACCCAAAGAACUAAAAGCAAGUUUGUCUUUGCUGGCCCUUCAAAAUCUGCAGUGACCCUUUUCAGGUACAUCGCUGUUGAGCAAGUACCGGUAAAAUAUGGAGGACUGAGCAAAGACGGUGAAUUCACCAGCACCGAUCCCGUUACUGAGAUAACUGUUAAGCCGGCGGCGAAGAAAACAGUAGAGUUACCAGUUACUGGGGCAUGCUUUCUGACAUGGGAGGUCAGAGUUGUUGGAUGGGAUGUGAGCUAUGGUGCAGAAUUCGUACCCAGUGCCGAAGACAGCUACACAAUAAUAAUCCACAAGGCUAGGAAGGUUUCCUCUUCAGAAGAACCGGUGGUGUGCAACAAUUUCAAGAUUGGUGAGCCAGGUAAGGUUGUUCUCACCAUAGACAAUCCAACCUCCAAGAAGAAGAAGCUCUUCUAUCGCUCGAAGACCAAGCCUACAAUUGAUUAAUAGAGGAAAAAAUAAAUAAAAACACCGAGCAUUCACUUCUAAGAUCAUUAUAUUUACGUUUGAAAGGAUGCAUUGGAAUUUUGUUUUGCUCUGCUUCUAGUAAAAGACAAGUUUUUAGCAUUAAUCUUGAUUUUUGAAGUUGUUUAUUAUAAUCAAUUAUUAUUUUACAUAUAGUUAUCGGAUUUGUCUAUAUUAUACAUCAUACACUACCUUCAAGAUGUAUUCUUUUUCCUAGUAAAUUGCGAACUGUUGUUGGUUUCUUGGAUUCCCACAGAUGAAUCGAUAUGCUUGCUUUUGGGG